UGUCAAACUUGACGAGUGAAAAGUUUAUUUGUGGCGUCUUUCCAAAGUGUUGAUUCUUUAACGUUUUAAAAAGCCAAAGUAACGUGUAAAAUGAUGAGUGAUGAUGACUGUUCCAUUUCUGAAACCCUCCCAGAACUCACGGAGGCAGUGAAUGCUGCAUCAUUGGAAUUGUUACCAAUAAAAUCUAGAAAUAAGUAUAACUAUGCAUACAGCCGCUUCAUGGACUACCGUACGAAUAAAAAUGUAACUUCUUUCUCGGAAAAUGUUGUAAUGGCAUACUUCUUGGAGCUUGGUUCCAAGAUAAAUUCUUCAACUUUAUGGGCCAAUUAUUCAAUGCUGAAGGCAACCCUUGCAAUUAGACAUGAUGUGGAUAUAUCUGAAUAUUCAAAACUUCGGGCAUUCCUGAAACAACAAGCACAUGCCUAUAAGCCAAAAAAAUCCAAGAUUUUAACUAAAGAAGAAAUAAACAAAUUUAUUCAGGAAGCUCCAGAUAAGGAAUAUUUAAUGAUUAAGGUAGCUGUAAUAUUUGGAAUUUCCGGAGCUUGCAGAAUGGACGAGCUGGUUAAAAUGACUGUACAAGAUAUACAAGACCUACUAUCUAAACUUUUAGUUACCAUACCGGAUUCAAAAACCAAUACAUCAAGAUCAUUUAUAGUAAUAGUUAUUGUCAUACAAAUAAAAUUAUUAGUUUGGAAAAUAUUCAACAAAAUAAUGCUAUUAGUUCCCAAGUUCUUCCAGUUUUCAAUACUUGUACUAAUUGUCAAAUAACAGUAAAUAUAACAAAUAAUAAGUAAUAAUUUUAAAAUAUAAUGUUAACCUUGUUUGUGCUGAAAGUUUUAAAAAU